UAUAUAUUACGAUUAAAAUAUUUAAGGCAGAUAAACUGAAAAAUGGGCUCAGAGUGGGCUUGAUGAGCCCAAACUCAGGAAGACAUUUUGAACAGAGAGAAAUCCGCUAUCCCCACCUUACAUAUCCAAUAACCAAUCGGCAGAGCCAUUUUCAAGAUAUCAUGAAUUGACAUGUCUGUUAUUGACACGUCCACAUGGCUAAACCAGACACCACUAGAUCAUCCCAAGGCUUACAGCAAUAAUCCCAUCAAUUUCAAAAUAUAACGUCCAAAGAUAAAACAACCCUUCCUCCAUAAUUCCAUACCACACAAAUUCUCUCGUACAACGUACCGCUUGCCUCCAUAAAAAUACAUACAAAUCCCACCCUCAGAGAAAUAUCAUCCAAAAACCAAAAUUCUUCAAAAUUCUCUCAAAAAAUGGGCUGCUCCGCCUCCAAACGCAGCAAGGCUACCGUGGAUAUCUACCGUCCGCCACCAUCAAGCUUUGCGGUCUUCGACAUCAACGCCAUAGAUGAACCAUGGGUUAAGGUGGAGGAAGCCCCGCAAGAGAAAAAAGAGAAGCCCACCCACUUGCCGGCCGUGAUUCUUGAGAAACUCGACACCUUUGAAACUGCUCCUCACUCUUGGGACGAGGUUAGCAAAGCCCUAGAAGAUCUCAAGCCAACCAUUAACAACAAAAACAACGAUGACAAGAAUCUCCAAGCUCCCACGUCGCCUCCAAAACCAGCAAAACAAGUUAACAAGCAACAGCCACGGAAGAGCUUAACUUUCCAUACCUUAGAAGAGUUAGACGCAAAACUGUCUUCAAAACCAGCUGCAAACGAGUUAAGAAAAACCGAGUCAAUAAGAAAGGAGAUAAAAACGAAAACCACCGAGUUAAAGAAUCCGGAGCCGCAAGCUUCAGCUCAGCCAACAGGGUUCCAGUCAGUAAAAGAGAAUAUAUUCAUAAUAAGGGACAGGCAAGAGAGGGAAAAAGAAGGAAGGAUGGUGAAUUACGAUAAGUUAAUGAGCAAACGAGACCCAUUAAGCGAGUUCCCAGAGAUGUGCCCACCAGGCGGGGCAGACUCGGUGGUCAUUUACACUACGUCGUUGAGGGGCGUUCGUCGCACGUUCGAGGACUGCACCCAGAUCCGAGAGAUAUUCGAAGUUCAACGCGUGGUGUUUGACGAGAGAGACGUGUCCUUGCAUGGGGAGUACCUGAACGAGUUAAGAAACUUACUAGGGGACGAAGCGAGCGUGCCGAGGGUAUUCGUGAAGGGAAGAUACCUAGGGGGAGCAGAGCAGGUGAGGGAGCUGAACGAGACGGGGAAACUGGGGAAGAUACUGAGUAUGGCACGCGCAGAGAGAGGGUUGGGGAGACAAGCGUGUGGAGGGUGCGGAGGAGCAAGGUUCGUGCCGUGUUUGGAGUGUGGAGGAAGCUGUAAAGUGGUGGUGAGUGGGGAUAAGAGGGAGAGGUGUGGCAAGUGUAAUGAAAAUGGGUUGGUUCAUUGUCCCGCUUGUCUUUAGUUAGAGCUUUUACAUCUUUGUGUCUUUUCGUGGGUUUUUCUUUUCUUGUAACUUUGUGUUAUCAAUAGUUUGGGGAGUACGUGAAAAGGCUUAGAUUUGAAACUUGAAAGACAAGUGGGAUAAAAGAGAGGAAGACGAAGAAAUUUCACAUGUUUGGCUUCUAGCAUAUGUAAUGUAAUAGAAUUGAGAUUGUUACUGUGAGUGUAGUUUUUUUCCUUCUUCUUUUACCUUUUUAAUGAAAUGUAAUCAUAUAAUAAUAUUUGAUAGUUUUUCGUCUGUUUGUAGAAAUUUAUUUGAUUAUAAGUAAAGGGGAAGAAAUUGGUAGGCUAACCGUAUGAAAAAGAUAUGCGAAGCAAAGAAAAUAGUAGAAAUGUGGAAUAAAAAUAUAUAAUUCAUAUAAGGCUCAACGGAAUCCAGUCCACUGCCCUCCCACUGAACGAUAGAUCCUUUAAUGAAUAGGAAUAGAUAUUUUAACCUGCAUGAACAUCUUCUCUAUUUAAGACUAAUUAAACUCUCGCACACCAUUGUUUGGAUAUUUUUGCUCUCUUAUUCAAGCAGAUCAAUAAAUGGAGAGGAUAACAAUAGCAUCUUGAAACAAGAAAUUGGAACAAAAAUGAAUUUCAAGUUGAAGAAAAUGGAACUCGAAAUUUCAACUUGAAGUCAAGAAUUUUUUUUUAAAUGCUUAACUUAUAACCAUUAAAUUGUCAUUAAGUUUUAAAACCAAACGAAUGGAAAUUAGCAAAGGGCAUUCUAGAUUUAAGUAAAACGAUUCAAGUAAUUGCAAAAGCAAAUAUAGACAAUCAAAAUGACGUCCUUAGAACUUCACUUUUCUGACCAAAUCACCAUUGAAGAUAAAAAAGAGGACAACUUAGGACAGUCAACAUCUCUCCAGCAACAAAUUUGGCAUAAUAAAAGUGUUACCGCCCUUAAUUGGAGGAGUCAUCCGAUAGUUGCAGUAGGUAAAAAAUUUUGUUGAGAGAGAUAGGGAAACUUCCAGGGCCUGGGCUGAUAUAGCCUAAGUUAACCACCCGGUACAUAAAAACGUUUAUCCGCUUACAAGUUUUUGGUCACCUGCCUAGCUUCUUUGACUGCAGAAAAGCUGUGCAGAUGGAAGCUACCCUUGGCCAACAGAGAGUGGAACAUGUUUAAACCAAAUCAUGUGAACUAACUCUACAUAUUAAGAAAGAUUGUAACGAUCAAUUUUACCCCUUCUGUUUUAUUUUGCAUACGAAUGAUACAACAUGUUCUGGGAUUAAACUUCUGUAUAUGGCUAACAUAUACAAUUGCCAGGAGAAUGAGCAUUAACGCAAAGUCAUUCAAAUCAUCAUUUGUUUCCCAAGCUCUUAUGCCAAAUAAGAACUUGCAAAAACAUAGUGACCACUGCCCAAUAGGCAAAUGGGAGAAAGAAAAUGUAAUUAUAGCUUUAGAUUCACGGCA